GAGGUUACAGCGCAGCAGCAGCGGUCUGCUUCGUCCAUGUUAUUAUUGUUAUUUUGACUGGGAUGGUUGGCGGCGGAACGCGCGGACGGCGCCCAGCCCCGGCAGUCUCCGACACACGCACGCGCUGCUCUCCGUCCUGGAACACACACUCCUGUAAAGAGAGCGAAAAAUACUAAUAAAUAAAAAUUCAAACAAAUCGGCGCUCGCCCCAGACUCGGUAUUAUUGUUGACAUCGCGGCGGAGAUGAACAGCAUCACCAAGGGCAGAUUCGAGGUGUUCUCAAACAGCGAUGAAGCUCCGAUCAACAAAAAGCUUCCCAAAGAGCUCCUGCUCAGGAUUUUCUCCUACCUAGAUGUGGUUACGCUGUGUAGGUGUGCCCAGGUAUCCAAGGCAUGGAAUGUUUUAGCACUGGAUGGAAGCAACUGGCAGAAGAUUGAUCUCUUCAACUUCCAAACAGAUAUUGAGGGCCGUGUAGUGGAGAACAUUUCAAAGAGAUGUGGCGGCUUUCUGAGACAGCUGAGUUUGAGAGGUUGUCUCAGUGUAGGCGAUGCCUCUAUGAAGACUUUUGCGCAGAAUUGUCGUAACAUAGAGCAACUGAAUCUGAAUGGCUGCACUAAGAUCACCGAUGCCACCUGCAUCAGCCUCAGCAAGUUCUGCUCCAAACUCCGCCACCUCGACCUCACGUCCUGUGUGUCCAUCACCAACCAUGCACUCAAGGCAUUAAGGUUAUCCAUGUGGGACCAUAGCACAAUAGCAGAAAGUGAGUCACAAGUGCAGAAGCGCCAAACAGAAGUAGAACAUCAGGAUGAAUCAGGCAGGUCCGGAGGGCAAAAGGAGUCACAGCAGGAGAGUACAACAAGGUGUGUCUCAUCAGGCGGCAGGAGUACAUGUACAGAUCGAAAGAGAAGACAGAUUAUUGAUGAGGGCUGUCGCAUGUUAGAGAAUCUGAACCUAUCCUGGUGUGAUCAGAUCACACGUGAUGGCAUCGAGGCGCUCAGCCGUGGCUGUACCAGCCUCAAAGCAGUGUUCCUCAGAGGCUGCACACAGUUGGAUGAUCCUGCACUCAAGCACCUUCAGAAGCACUGUCCUGAGCUCAUGACAAUUAACAUGCAAUCCUGCACACAGAUAACAGACGAGGGUUUAGUGAAUUUGUGCCGCGGCUGUCAUAAGUUGCAGAUGGUGUGUAUAUCUGGCUGCAGCAACAUCACUGAUGCCUCUCUCACUGCACUUGGCCUCAACUGCCAACAGCUAAAGAUCCUGGAGGCUGCCCGCUGCUCUCAUGUGACUGAUGCUGGUUUUACUGUUCUGGCAAGGAAUUGUCAUGAUUUGGAGAAAAUGGAUUUAGAGGAAUGUAUUUUGGUCACUGACAACACACUGGUUCAGCUUUCAAUCCACUGCCCUCGGCUCCAGGCGCUGAGUCUCUCGCAUUGUGAGCUGAUAACUGACGAUGGGAUUAGACACCUGAGCAGCAGUGUGUGUGGUCAGGAGCGGCUGCAAGUGGUCGAGCUGGAUAAUUGCCCCCUGAUCACAGAUAUCACUCUGGAGCACCUGAAGAGUUGCCAAAGGCUCGAGCGCAUCGAGCUCUACGACUGUCAGCAAGUCACUCGUGCAGGAAUCAAACGUAUCCGAGCUCACCUUCCUGAGAUUAAGGUCCAUGCCUACUUUGCACCAGUCACACCACCUCCAUCAGUUCAUGGAGGGGGUCAACGUUUGUGCCGCUGCUGCGUCAUACUCUGACAGUGGAUGGGGUCUCUGAAGCAUGCCAUGAAGAGUCAGUCUGUCAGUCAAACCAUAAACCCCACCUUGCUCCUGCUGGCCACUCCUGCUAAACUCUACACAGAGGUGUGGCUGGGAAAGGCACGGUUGGAUCAAUGAGGGUUUAUCUGGCAGCAGGAUGGAGCUACACAAGUUAUUGAAAAAAUUAUAAUUCAAAAUACAAAGAAUAAUUACUAUGUAAAAUGUGACAUUUCAAAUGGAAUCCAUGAGAAGAGAGUGGGAAAAGCCACCUUGUAAAAUAUUUCACAUUUGGAUUUGUAGAAAACACAUUUGUGGAAGUACUUAAAGCUGUAUGACAUCGAACUACUGACUACAGAACCUUGUCUGUGUGGGAAGGUCUCUGAGGGCUAGAUGAGAACCAGACAAUGUUUACUUCUUGAUCCACUGUUACCUAUUUGAAUGCAUUAUUUCCUCAUGAACGGAACCAUUAAUAUCAACAGGAAUGAUGAGCGAGGAGCAGGACAUGAGAAUUUUGUAUUUGCAGUGGGACUUGUUGGAGACUCUUACAGUAACUGAUUCAGAGAAUGUUAAAAUAUAUCAAACAAAACAUAACACUACAACCAAGCAACCUGUGUUCAACCUGGAGUUAAGUGGUUUCUAUCAGUGCCCAGCAUUCAUUACAGAAACUGCUAAAACAUUUUCAUGAAUUUUGCUAUAUACAGUAAGACUGAGUUGGAAAAAUAAAUAAGAGAUGGAGUAUAUAUGUGGACAGAAUGGGGGCUUAUUCAGAUUUUUAGGCUCUAGCAAUGGAAUGAAGGAAUAUUAGGAGUGACUCCAUAUUUUUUAAAAAAAGAAUCAUAUUUACUGAAGAGGUCUAAUGGAGUAGAUGAAGAUGAAUUUUAAGUUCAAAGUGCAAUAUUUCAAAGACCCGGAUUUUCUGUUCAACAUGUGAAAUGGUGUUCUAUUUACAAUUCCCAUAUACAAUCUUGAUUGCUGCCUAUUGUUGUUGCGGUAUUAUUUAACAGGCCAGGACCCAGAAUGUAAUUUUCCAUUAAAAGUAAUUUUCCAUUUAAUUUUUUUUUUUUUUUUUUUUUUUGUAAAAUAAAUUUUCCAAUUUAAUUUCCCAAGUGCACAUGUAUAAUCUGCAUAAUCUACACUUAUGUAGUUCUGAGCACUGAAAAACUGAAUGCACCUUGGGCCUUAUGUUACUAAUUCAGAUGACUGUUGAAUUAAUUGCCUAAUCAAUGAUGGCUUUUGGGUGCGAGUGCCUUUGAUUUUGCAACGCUGGAAUGGGCAUGGGGAAAUCCAGCCUCAGAGAUAAAAGACUCAGGGCUGUAAUAUGAUUCAUCAGAUCUUUUCCUUUCCUGCUUCUUUGAUUGUCAGCAUUGAAGAGAACGGGAGCGACAUAUAUAGGUGAUGGACUGCACAGCAAGCAAGCACUGCAUCCAUGUUUGUUGGGUUAUUGUAGUUGUUACUGAAUGAAGAAGUGUAAUUCUGCAGCAAUGUAAAGGACAACCCCCUUCCCCCAUCUCUUAUUCGAAUUUCUGAUAACUGUUUGGGAAAAAAAAAAGCUACCUGUCCUUGUGUUCUGGUGUUACUGUGACAUUUCUUUAAAUAAAAGCUCUGAGCAGUGUG